AUGCCUGACUCGCUCACAGCCACUCCUGGUGCUGUUGGCUUUUCUGACCACCCGAAGCUGGCAACCAAACUGACGGAGGUCCAUGUGCUGUGUGCUGGAAGCAGCACAACUGGUGGGGCAGAACCAGGAUUCGUGGUCCGACCCGAGAGCUUCCCUUCGCUGGAAUCCCAGAACCAGCAUGGAAAAAAUGCAGAAUUCAUCCGCACACUUGAUGAUGGAGCUCCCAUCUGGGGCGUCCGCCUCCAGUCUGGGAGCACCAUCCCCAAGGCUUUUGGACAGACAGACCCGUGUGCUGUGCUGUGGCAGAGCCGAGGCCAGACGGCCACAGCCUGCGGGGCUCCCUCGUCACAGGAGCCGACCCGCAGGGGAGAGGUUGGGAGGGUCCUCCUUUCCAAGUCCAGAAGUGAAAAUGUCACCUUUCACCUCAACAAGCCCAAAAACACCCAAGUGUGCUGGCCUGUGGACCCAGCCGCCGCUGAUGAGUCAGAGGCCAGCUUGACGGAGGCAGCAGUAAGUCAGUGUGCUGAUGAGUCAGAGGCCAGCUUGACGGAGGCAGCACCUGGAGUCCCCGGGACUGAAGGACGCUGCGAGGAGCUGCAGAAACAUCGCUUCCACUUCGGGCGAGAAGCAAGAUUGGAACUAGUUAUUCUGCCCAAAGUUACAGCACGUCGCCAGGGUUCCCCGCAAAGGGGCUCGAACCGGUUGCUAAGUCACUCCUCGUCAUCAGAGAAGGUCUUCCCAGGACAGAGCCCGGAUAAGUACGCAACCCUGAGGAAAACCGGUGCAAGGAAGCCUCGGCCAGCGAUUGGGGUAGUUAACAUCCGCAAUCGGGUCCCUCCCGCUGAGCCGUCUAGUGCAAAGCCGGGACGAGAGCAGAUGCGCUACGAGCUAGAACCGACGGAUUUCCGCAAAUAA